UUUCCAGCCUCCCGUGGCCGAUUGCUGGGGAGCCCGGCGACAGGGGGCGCCGCGGAGCCGGGGGGAAACUGUGAGGCGCUGGCGGGAGCCUGCAGGCGGUGCUGCCCCCCACCUCCCACCUCCCCGCGCCCCGCCCCGAGGCUGGGGCUCUGGAGGAUGCAGCCGGGAAACCUUUGGUAACUAACUGAGAAAAUGCAGAAGAUCUUGCAAACUGAGGAAAUUACCAAUACUCAAGCUCUCAGAAAAGGGAAGAGGAAACGGACGGAGACAAUGGACUCAGAAAACGCGAACAGUGACGUGGAUAAGGGGCAGAGAGACCCAUAUUCCGGAAAUGCCUUUCUGCCCGGCGAGAGCUCCAGUGAGGAUGAACAGCCUCUAGCCGAACUGUCCAAGGAGGAACUGUGCACGAAAGUAAAGAGCCUGAAACAAAAACUAACGAACACCCGGAAAGAAAACAGCCGCCUUCGACAAUCUUUGGUCAUGCUUCAAGUGUUGCCACAGGCGGUCACCCAGUUUGAAGAGUUGGUGGGGAUGGCCGAGGCCCUGCUCAAGGGUGGAGGAACCCUGACCACGGCGGCGUCCACCCUCUGGAGAGCAACAAAUAACUCCUCACCAGACUCAUUUGCCUCCACGUGCAGCAAUUCUAAUUCUAAUUCCAGUUCACCGAUUUCCCUGAAAGCUGAAGAGGAGCAUCAUGCGGACGAGAAACAGUUCAAGAUUGAGAAAUGGCAGAUUGCCCGCUGUAACAAGAGCAAGCCUCAGAAGUUCAUCAAUGAUUUAAUGCAAGUGCUUUACACAAAUGAAUACAUGGCCACACACAGCCUCACAGGGGCCAAAUCCUCUACUUCGAGGGACAAGGCGGUAAAACCAGCUAUGAAUCAGAAUGAAGUUCAAGAGAUCAUAGGAGUCACAAAACAGUUAUUUCCCAACACAGACGAUGUUUCAAUUAGGAGAAUGAUAGGGCAAAAGCUAAACAACUGCACCAAGAAGCCAAAUUUAAGCAAAAAUCUGAACUCUCAGGAUGUUAAGUAGAGCCUUUCGGUAGUACAAGUACCUGAAACAAAAGCACCUUCAGUUGUCACUCUGACCUUGGACCUUGUGGGUGGCCCUGCAGCCUCCCUGGCAGUGAUCACAGAGACAGGUGCGGGGACGGCUGGGGACCCUGGGACAUCGCAGGGCUGUCCUGGUGGAGCGCGAGCUCGCUGAAGAAGCUGCAUGUGGAUUCCUCCCUCAAUACCAGUGAUGCAUCAGACCAGAGAAUUUCUAGCAGUCUUAUAAGCAUGCAUUAUGGUUUCUUGGAAAUAAGCAUUUUCCCCUCCCAAAGUGCUUCCCUUUAGUACAGCUAACUUAACAGGAUAAUCAGAGCUCUGGUCAUAGCAACAAAAACUCCAGCCCCUAAGAUUCCUCGUUGUCCUAAUUCAUUACUGUAUAUUUACUAUUACCAAUGACUUCCCCUUUUAGUUUUUGGACCUUGAGCAUAAGCACAUAUUUUAGAAAAGUACACAGUGUGAUAAUCAAUGUUCACAAACAUGAAAGCGUCAAAAUCAGCCUAAAAUCUGAUAAUCAUACCUAACCAAGUAAUAGUGUUUUAGCAAUAAAGUUAUAGGAUUAUUCUCUUAUGUAAAAAUGUAUAAAGUAGCAAUCUGGAAAAAAAAUGAGAGCUGCAAGACCUUUUUUAUUUUAAUAUGCAACUAUUCCACUGCACUCCUGAAAAAGAAAUAAGCCCAAGCUUUGUGAUUGUGAAAGUAAUGCAUCAACUUUUUAAGAAGUCUUUUUUUACAUUUGUUUACACGCUUCUAACUUUUUAUUGCCCGAAGAAUAUUAAAUACACCUGUGUAAUUUAAGACAUCAGUACCAUCUACAAAAUCCUGUAUGAGAUACAACGUCCUAUUGUUUUUGGUGGGUUAUAUUGCUACACUGCUUAGUUUUUACUGAUUUGUUUUCACAGUAUCAGAAGAGAAAAUAACUGAAAACAAAAUCAUAUGGGUUUAACAAUCUCUCUCUCACGCACACAAAUAUCAUUUUGUAAAUGAAUGGAAGAUAGAACCUUCUUCAUCAACAGGCUUCUCCUUCGAUGUCAGGUUGUCACGUGUUGACAACUCGGCAACACCAAGCCGAGUUCCUUCAGUGCACAAAGUCAUGUACAAACUUAGAAAGGAGGAUGCAUGUGAUGGAGAGUCCGGUACUGUGGACCCAGGAACAUUCCAUACGUGUUGCUUGAUUAUAAUGUGGUUGAACAAAAUAAAUAUUCUUCAGGAAAUAACUUGUGUUAACAUUUGCUACUUUUACUUAAAUAUAAAUAAAUCCCACUGAAAACAUAAA